AUGCUUCGUUCCUCAAAUGCUGUUAUUUAUGUAGUAAUCUCUGUUAAUCGCUAUUAUGCUGUUAUGAAUCCGUUGAAAUAUUCAUUAAAAUUUACUCCAACGAUUGCAUAUCGAGUAUGUUGCGGCAUCUUAUUUAUAUCAGUUCUAAUCUGGUCACCACUGGCUCUAGAUAGAUGCUCCUUUUAUUUCAACACAGAACUUUAUCGAUAUGGGCCAAGGAACUCAAUAUGCUCGAUAAGAUUUUGGCAAGCACUACUUUUUUCAUCGCUUGCUUCAACCGUUGCCGCAUUCAUAAUUAGUGUAAUAACAUUAAUACAAUUGAAAAAAUCUAAUAAACUAAUUCUUUCGCAAUGCAGUUCUGCAGCUGCUGGUAAUGCGAGAAGGAAAAGAGCUUCAACUAUUAAUAAAGCUUCUACCGAAAAAGACAUGGUCAUAAUUGGGGGAGACUGGAAUGCGAGCUUAGGUGAUGAUGCCAAUGCGAUGAUAUCGACAAUUGGCAAAUAUGGCAUCGGAGAUCGCUGCGCCAAUGGAGAACGCCUUCUUCGUUAUGCCGAAAAGCAUGAACUUUUUGUUACUUUUUGUUACUGUAACGUUGCUUCUGACAUCGUAGAAACAAUCUAG